GCCGGCGCCUAUUUUCACGUCGGUAUAUUAAUCGCCGUUGGCUUCCGCGAAUUCACCUUUCUCUUCUUCCCCAUCCAAAAUACAACAAAAUGUCCGUUCCAUUUGGUCUCGAUUUAGGUAACAACAACUCUAUCAUCGCCUGUGCGCGUAACAGAGGUAUUGACGUCAUCGUCAACGAAGUCUCCAACCGCUCUACCCCAACCUUGGUUGCUUUCGGUAACAAGAACCGUUUCAUCGGUGAAUCUGCCAAGAACCAGCAGACCUCCAACUUGAAGAACACCGUUGAGAAUGUCAAGCGCAUCCUUGGUUUAACCGUUGACCACCCAGAUUUCCCAACCGAAGCCAAGUACGCCACCACCCCAUUGGUUGCUAAGGAUGGCCAGGUUGCCGCCAAGGUCAGAUUCGCCGGCGAGCAGCAAGAAUUCACCGCCACUCAGCUUUACGCUAUGUACCUUAACAAGAUCAAGGCUAUCACUGCCAAGGAAGUCAAGGGGACCAUUUCCGACAUUGCCCUUGCCGUUCCAGUCUGGUACACCGAGGAACAGCGCCGUGCUGCCUCUGAUGCCUGUAAGAUUGCCGGCUUGAACCCAGUCAGAAUUGUCAACGAGGUCACUGCCGCCGCUGUCGGUUAUGGUGUCUUCAAGGCGAACGACUUGCCAGAGGACGAGCCAAAGAAGAUUGCCUUCGUUGACAUUGGCCACUCCACGUACACCGUCUCUAUCUGUGCUGUCAAGCGCGGUGAAUUAAAGGUUUUGGGCUCUGCCUACGACAAGCACUUCGGUGGCCGUGACUUUGACUACGCCAUUGCCGAGCACUUUGCCAAGGAGUUUGUCACCAAGUACAAGAUCGAUGUCCACGAGAAUGCCAAGGCCUACUCCAGAAUCCUCGCGGCCGCCGAAAAAUUGAAGAAGGUCUUGUCUGCCAACACUACCGCGCCAUUUUCCGUCGAAUCGGUCAUGAACGAUGUGGAUGUGUCUUCCUCGUUGACCAGAGAUGAGUUGGAAGAGUACGUCCAGCCAUUGCUCAACCGUCUCCACGUUCCAGUCGAGGCUGCUUUGAAGGCUGCUGGCUUGACUGUUGAAGACAUUGACACCAUCGAGGUUAUCGGUGGCUGUACCCGUGUUCCAUCCUUGAAGACCAGACUUACCGAGGUCUUUGGUAAGCAAUUGUCCUUCACCUUGAACCAGGACGAAGCCAUUGCCCGCGGUGCCGCUUUCAUCUGCGCCAUGCACUCCCCAACCUUGAGAGUCCGCCCAUUCAAGUUCGAAGACUGCAACCCAUACACCGUUUCCUACUUCUGGGACAAGCAGGUUGAGGACACUGACCACAUGGAGGUUUUCCCAUCCGGUGGCUUGUUCCCAUCCACCAAGGUUGUUACUUUGCACAGAACUGGCGACUUCGAAGUCGAAGCCAAGUACACAAAGUCCGAGGAAUUGCCAACCGGCACCAACCCAUUCAUCUGCAAGUGGGCCGUCAAGGGCGUUGAAGUUGCUUCCGGUGAAGAAUCCGUUGCCACCAAGCUCAAGUUGAGAAACGACCCAUCCGGGUUCUACACUAUCGAGGAAGCCUACACCUUGGAAGAAAAGAUCGUCCAAGAGUUGGUUGACAACCCAGAAGCCAAGGAAGAUGACGAACCAGAGUACAGAGAGGUCAAGAAGUUGGUUAAGAAGGCCGACUUGCAGAUUGUUGAGCAAUCCUUGUCCGUUGGCGAAGCCGCUCUUGCCGGUUUGUUUGAAAAGGAAGCCACUUUGACCACCCAAGACAAGUUGAUUGCUGAUACCGAAGACCGCAAGAACGCUUUGGAAGAGUACAUCUACGAGUUGAGAGGUAAGAUCGACGAGCAGUACUCUAAGUUCGCUUCGGCCGAAGAGAAGGAAAAGCUCUCCGGGUUGUUGAUGAAGGCCGAAGACUGGUUGUACGACGAAGGCUACGAAUCCACCAAGGGUAAGUACAUUGCCAAGUACGAGGAGCUUGCUUCCAUUGGUAACGUAAUCCGUGGCCGUUUCCUCGCUGCCGAAGAGGAGAAGAAGCAGGCGUACAGAUCCAAGCAGGAGGCUGCCCAGCAGAGCUCUUUGUUGGAGAAGAUUGCCGCUGACCGUGAAAAGGCCAAGUCUGCCGAAAACAACGAUGUUGAAAUGGACUAAGCGUUGUUCAUCUGUAGAGUACGCCUUCUAGUGCGGGCACUUUGCUCGCACCUUAUACAUCUUUAUGAUAUUUAAUACACUAUUUGGUAAUAUC